CCCGUGGCCGCCGCCGCCAUUUCGGGCGCUGCUGGGAGGCUGCUACCGGAGCCGGUCCGCUGGGCGGCGGGCGCCAGGGCUGGAGGGGCGCGCGUGGCGGCGGCGGCCCAGCGUGAAGGCGCGGAGGCGGCCAUGGCGGGCAACUUCGACUCGGAGGAGCGGAGUAGCUGGUACUGGGGCCGCUUGAGCCGGCAGGAGGCGGUGGCGCUAUUGCAGGGCCAGCGGCACGGGGUGUUCCUGGUGCGGGACUCGAGCACCAGCCCCGGGGACUAUGUGCUCAGCGUCUCCGAAAACUCGCGUGUCUCCCACUACAUCAUCAACAGCAGUGGCCCGCGCCCUCCAGUGCCUCCGUCGCCCGCUCAGCCUCCGCCGGGAGUGAGUCCCUCCCGGCUCCGAAUAGGAGAUCAAGAAUUUGAUUCAUUGCCUGCUUUACUGGAAUUCUACAAAAUACACUAUUUGGACACUACAACAUUGAUAGAACCAGUUUCCAGAUCCAGGCAGGGUAGUGGAGUGAUUCUCAGGCAGGAGGAGGCAGAGUAUGUGCGAGCCCUUUUUGACUUUAAUGGGAAUGAUGAAGAAGAUCUUCCCUUUAAGAAAGGAGACAUCCUGAGAAUCCGGGAUAAGCCUGAAGAGCAGUGGUGGAAUGCGGAGGACAGCGAAGGAAAGAGGGGGAUGAUUCCAGUCCCUUACGUGGAGAAGUAUAGACCUGCCUCCGCCUCAGUAUCGGCUCUGAUUGGAGGUAACCAGGAGGGUUCCCACCCACAGCCACUGGGUGGGCCGGAGCCUGGGCCCUAUGCCCAACCCAGCGUCAACACUCCGCUCCCUAACCUCCAGAAUGGGCCCAUUUAUGCCAGGGUUAUCCAGAAGCGAGUCCCUAAUGCCUACGACAAGACAGCCUUGGCUUUGGAGGUCGGUGAGCUGGUAAAGGUUACGAAGAUUAAUGUGAGUGGUCAGUGGGAAGGGGAGUGUAAUGGCAAACGAGGUCACUUCCCAUUCACACAUGUCCGUCUGCUGGAUCAACAGAAUCCUGAUGAGGACUUCAGCUGAGUAUAGCUCAACAGUUUGCUGACAGAUGGGAACAAUCUGUUUCCCCCCCAAUUGCCAUCUAUACAAUUUUCUUACAGGUGUCAAAAGCAGUCUAGUUUAUAUAAGCAUUCUGUUACCUGUGAUCUUUUUAAAGACUGAAUUACUCCAUUCUUACUCGUAUUUACCAUAUUCAGGGUACGAAACUGGAGGGUUUGUGUGGUUAACUUCUGAAUUGGCAAUUUUAGGUGGUAGUGGCCAUGCCUGUAUGAGAAGAGGUAAAUACUUUGCCUCCUUUCCCUUGGGCAGUAUAGAUCAACCUGUGGAAAACUGAUGGUCAGGAAAAGAAUGUUACACACUGCUUACCCUGAUUUCUUCAGCGGUUCUGUUUUCAUUCUGAAACCAUGCUAUCAAAUGGCAGCAGACUGUUCCCUCCCACUGCCAUGAAGUAAUCAUGCACUGUGUGAAUAUUACCCAGUGGGAUUGCAUUUGCAUUUAUGGACCAUGACCAUUGUAUGACUCAUUCUGACAUUUCAAAUCCUGAGGAUUCUGAGAACACUACUAGAGGCAUUUGUCUUCCUUCCCAGUCAAUGCUUCACACUUUUUUUUUGGAUUUUUUCCUUGUUACUCUCUUCCCCUGUACCUGCAAGUGGCCUGAUUCUUAGGAUAAUGAGUAUCUUCAUUCCAGUUGAGAAGCAGGAUGUGCAGAGCACUUUAUUCAGUGCAUAGCUUUAAGCCAGUAUUGGAUUCACUCAGUGGAUAAACUACCAGCUCUCUGCCUUCCCCCAAGGGGGCAUCAUAGGUUCACACUGCUACCACAGCUAUGAGACUCCUUGCUGAUGGAACGGAUCCGGCAGGGCCAUUUCUCCUGAUUGCUAGUAUCCUAAUGGGAUACUUAGAGCUCUCAGAUUCUACUUGGAGUGGAAGGACCAAUCACUUACUGUAUCCUGUUGAAGGUAUCAGGGGCCAAACUCUGCCCUCUGCAUCAUGUGCAAGUUGUAUAAAAGGCAGAUUAGAAUUCUAUGCAUUCGGGGUAGGAUUAGUACUUUGAAAACUGUGCCAGUCAUAAAUUACUUAUAUAUCAUUUUACAUGGCCAAAAUAGUUCUUGAAGUACAUUACAUUAUAAAUUGCCUUCAUUUGGGUUUUCCUUUGUCCAGAUUUAGUUUAUAUGCCCUUUAAAAUAUAGAAUGAUUUAUGUGGGGUCAGAUGCUCCAAAGAAUAGGCCUAUGAGGCCACAGAUGAUUUAGGGUUUCUUUAGACUGUAACAUGAGACUUUUGGGUGAUAAAGGCACUUGCUGGUCUCUGGUGUGGUAUGACCAAUAGAAACACCUUAUACUUCGCUUUGAACCUCAUUUUAGAAAAAUAAUACACCUUCUUAGUUGUCCUGUAUAGAUUAAUAUGAUGAAUUUGCAUUCUUUGAACAUAUACCAAAUCAUGGUAUUGCAGUGACUAGCACGUUGCUUAGCACGUGCGUAGAAAUUUUGUGUGAAAGAAUGAGCAGAGGCAGAAAUUUAUUACAUGGCCCAGGGACACCAGCUGGUAUAAGAUUGCAUACAUUACCACAGGCAAACUAAUCAGUUGAUGCUGAUUUAAUACAUUUUUACCUCCCUCUAAGGUAAAUGCUUGAUAAAGACAUUAAUACUCAAUUUUGGAGAUGUUGGCACAGUGCUAAGUACAUAGUAGGUGCUCGUUGAGUGGGCAGAUUUGCAGUAUGUUACAUAUUCCACCUGACUACUUGGUUCAGUUUUCAGUUAGUAUAGAUACUGUAAAUUCCAAUGGACAUUAAAUCUUGUUUUCCUAAGCCAGGCAUUAGUCCCUUUAGUCCCAGCACUUGGAUGGUAGGGGCAGGUGGGUCUCUGAGUUUGAGGCCAGCCUCAAACUACAGAGCUAAUUCCAGGACAGUCAGGGUUCCCAAAUGAGAUCUUGUCUCAAAAGCCAAAUGAAAUAAUUUUUAAAAAAAACCAAAAAACUCUGAAAUUAAGGCAUCUAAAAUAUUUGUAGAAAAUCCUUGUCACAACUGAUUUGAAUGUUUGUAUUUUCUUUUGCCUUUGAUGCUGGCUUGUACUAUCUCUUCAUUAUGUGUGGUGUUGAUGGGAUACACAGCUCUACGCGGAUCAGAACUCCUCGGUGAUAAGUUGUUCAGAGCCAUUACGUGAAGUUUGGUUGGAUUUGGCUGGGUGUAGCAGUUAUUGGACCUCAAGAGAUCAAAGGACUUCUUACAAAUAUCUUCCAAAAAUAGCAAGUGCUAGAAUCCUAGUCAAGUGCAUAUGUCCAUUGUCCCAGAGCAAAGUAACCUGAAAUUGGCUGCUAUGUUUUAUAUAAUCACUUCUGCAAGAGCCCACUUUUGGAUACUAAUAUUUGACAUGGUUAAUUCUUAUUAAUUUGUUGGAAUUGUUUAUUAAUAAUGCAAAUAGAUAAUUUUAAUUUUCCACGAGUAACAUUUCACUAUUAAUGGUUUGAAGUGGGUGAUAAGCAAACCGAUUUGAAAUAAAAUAUGAACAUGUGCCAUUGUAUUAUAACACUAUACACUUUCUUGACAGUUAAAUUUUAAAAAAUGGUUUUUUUUUGUAGCAUGUAUUGUAUAUGUUUAUAGUAUAUGUAGUAAAUAAAAGUAUGGCCAAAUGUUUGGCUUGGUGAUCUUUUGGAGAAAAUAAUCUUGGAAUAUUUGUCACAGAAGAGUGAACCCUUUAUGUUUUACGGAGUAGAAGGGUGUCUCAACUGCCCAUCAAUAGUCACAUAAACUGUUAUAUACAUGGUGGGUGCUUAAAGAUGGGGCUGAUCCUUCGGUCUGCUGUGGGAUCUCUAGAAAGUAUGACACUACUGUGAGGGCAACAUAAAAACAAUCACCUGUGAAAUCUAAAAGAAGCAGGUUGUAAACAACACCAGACUCGGCUGGAAAAGGGUUCUUGUGAGUGUAAGAAGAUGACAAUGUGUAGGAACUCUGUAGACUUUAGACAGCUGGUCUUUAGCAUGUUAGUUUAGGUGCUCUAUUCGUUUCCCCUUUUUAAUGCAAUUAGCAGGUACUCACGGAAGGUUCUAAAGGUAACAACAACGGCAAAAAGUAGAUUGUACAUUUCUGAAUAGUCUACCCAUCCUUCCCCGAGGUGUGUGCCCCAAAUUGACAUCAUUUACUCUAGGAUUGGGAGCUAUAGUUUCAUGGUGCUGUGGCAUGUCCUCAUCAUCUCAGCACUUCCCAGGCCGUGGAAUUAUUUGAACACAGGAGUUUGAGGUCAGCCUGAAUAACUUAGCAAAACCUGUCUACUAAAUACCUAGCAGACACAUUUCAUAUAUUGCCUAUAUUAUACUAUGUCUUAGACUCAAAACAGCACCUCAUAGUUGCUGCUGUGGACUUCGGAGUAUCUCAGUGUAGAACUAAAGCAGUUUCCUCCAGUGGGAUCCAACUUUGGCAUUUGCAAGCUUAACAGCAAGGUGAUUAAGUGUAUUUCAACUUUUGAUCAAAUAAACUGUCCAACUUUUGUUUUACUAUGUUGAAUGUUGGGGUUCCUUUACAUAGUGUCAGAGUGUUCACACAGCCCAUGUUUAGUAGCUCACGGAACCUCAGAAGUUUUUUCAUAAAUGUGGAGAGAGGAUGGUUGCAUAGAAAAUGGGGAAAGAGGCCCAGAUGUAGGAGUAGGAACUGAAGGAGCUCUGCCCCACUCCCACUGUAAAGAAAUUGAACUUUGGCUAGUCUUCUCCCCUCCCCCACUGACUACCACACACACACACACACACACACACACCUUUACUUUGGGUUCCAACUUAAAUGUAGCUGCCUUGGAGAUGUUCUCAAACUCCCAAGUAAGUCCUGUUAUCUUCAUGGUGCUCCUUUCAAAUGAUGCUUUAUGAGUUUUGAGGCCGGGUUUCUUUGUGUAGCCUUGACAAUCCUGGAAUUUGCUUUGUAGACCAACCUGGCUUUGAACUCACAGAAAUCCUCCUGCCUCUGUCUCCUGGGAUUAAAAACUUAUACCACCACCAUCCAGCAAUAGUUACAUACCAUUUUUGUGAUUGUUUAGCUCAACUGUAUGAACUCCAGCAAGGCAAGAGAAAUGUCUGCUGCUUCCAUUUUCAGAGCCUAGCUCAGAGCUUGGCUUCUAGGAAUCAGCUUGCUAAGGGCUCAUUGGACCUCAAAGGAAGAGUGGAUGCCCAACAUGAAUAAGGCUUUGACUUCAGCCCCCAGCGCCCCAAACCCAUAGAAGUGUGGAGUGUUUUCUUCAGGGUAUGGGGAGAAUGGAUGGAAGGUCACUUCAGCUGUUUCCCUAGCUUCCCUGGUCUUGUUCAGUCACUUACGGUCCUUUGCAGAAAUACAAAAUGUUCUCCCAGCCUUUGUGUGUCCCUUUCCAUACAAGGGAAGGUCAUCUUGUCACUUGAUAAUUAUAUUAAACACAUGAUUCUUUACUGA